AUGUCUAGUAUCGAACAGCAGAUUCGGGAGGCUUCAGCUCGGAACGCCGAGCUCCUGCGCACCCUUACUGAGACAGAUUAUGCCAAACCCUCCCUUAAGGAACAGAUUAUUCUAAUCGAUGAUCUGCAAAAGCAAAUCGAGAAAAACAAUAAAAAUCUCCAGCUGUACGACACUCAGCGAAAGGCUGAGCUCAAGGACCAUGAAAAGUACCGGGACAGCCAUUUCCGCCGUUUCUUGUACAAGGCUACAGGAAACAAGGACAAGUUUGCCGAAAAGGCCAGCAAGGAGGAGAAGGAGUACUAUGAUGUCCUCCAGAAGCAGCACAAGACGACCGUCUUGAAUAAUGGUCUCAAGGAACAACAUGAAGAGGCCAAGAGGGUCCGGGGCGAGCUCGAGACGGCCGUGGAACUACACACCCACACUCAACUCGAGCUAGAUAACCUCUACAAUUCCAUUUUUGCGGGAGAGACGCCUCGUUUCCCCGAGGAAGAUGCGCUAGAACGCGAGAGUGAUAACUCUCUGCAGCGCUACCAUGAUGUGCGCACCAAGCUCGAGGAAGAGAUGCGCGUCAUGAAGCUGGUGAACCAGGCUCAAGGAAAAGUCAGGGAAGCCCUUCAACACAUGGAUGAUGCUCGCUCGGCCUCUCGCAUGGACAUGUUUGGCUUCGAUGGGAUCGCUGACGCCAUGGAGCGCAGCGCUCUCACAAAAGCCGACAUAGCUUAUCAUGAUGCGAGGAAUUUUGCUGAGCGAGCGAACUUUGAUGACUUACCGGCGGUCAAUAUCAAUCACGGCCACAUCAUGCGCGACGUUGUAUUUGAUAACAUAUUCACCGAUAUGCAGUUUCAUGAAGAGAUCAAGCGUGCCCAGAGCGAGAUGGAGAAGUUCGGCAACUUUAUCAAGCAGAAACUGACGGUUUCCCAAGACAGGAAGAAGGGUAUUGAGGUAGAGCUCAAGCAGGCAGAGAAGGAUCUUGAGACAGCCAGGAUUAACCUACAAGAAGAACGUAUGAAGCUAUUUGAGCAGGUUGCCAAGAGCGCGCCAUGA